AUGUCAUGGUAUAUUGAGGAGCAAGAACCUGUUUACCUCGACUAUAACGCUACCACUCCGCUUGAUCCGAAAGUGAAGACAGCGAUCACCGAUGGACUGGAGCUAUGGGCCAAUCCAUCCAGCCAAAAUCCCGAAGCUGAGAAAGCGAGAGAAGCUGUGAAGAAGGCAAGACAAUCACUCGGUGAACUUCUUCACGUGUCCGAUGCCGAAGUUAUCUUCACUUCUGGAGGCACUGAGGCGAACAACUGGGUGAUCUAUUCGGCUAUUCAGAGCUUCAAAUCCAUUCCGGAACAUUCCUCAACCAUUCCCCACGUGAUCACUUCUACAAUCGAACAUCCGUCUAUGAUGGAACCUCUCUGUCACCUUCGAGACACAAGUUCUAUU